UCCAAAUCCAAAUCCUUCCACAAUGAAAGCGAGGAGGCGAAAGCCGCGAAGCUCGAUAUAUUAAAAAAAGUUGUAGCAGGCACUCACGCAAAACAAGCCCAAGCGUUAUAAAAUUGGCGAAACAAUUGACCUUCUCGUCUCGUGGUUUUUCUUUUGCGGUUUGAAGUAACUUAAAGAAGGCGUUUCCUUCCUCUCUGCACUUGCUUGUUUUUUAUAGCACUCUGUAUCUGCUUCGGCAUGGAAAUCGAAGUCGAAGAUGUCAACGUCUGUGGAAUCUAUGAAAAGGAGAUCAUGUGCUCAACACAUCCUCCCCAAGUUGCUUUUGCUCUCUGUAGUUUUCUUUGUUGGUAGCACAUUCGUACUAACAGACUGUAAACAGAAAUUUCCAGGUUGGGCAUCAGUUGAUACUGUGCAGAAUAUAAGAGCUGCAGACUGUGAGGUUCAAUGCAGGCGUUCGGGAAGUGAGACACUUCCAAAAGGUAUCGUUUCCAUGACAUCUGACUUGGAGAUGCGACCAUUAUGGGGUCCCAGUAAUAAGAAGAACCCCAAAUCUUCAAGGAACUUAUUGGCCAUGUCGGUUGGAUUAAAGCAAAAAGAAAGUGUUAACAAAAUUGUCAAGAAGUUUUUGUUAAGUGAUUUUUCUGUGAUGCUUUUCCAUUAUGAUGGAAAUGUGGAUGAUUGGAAAGAACUGGAAUGGAGUAAUCUGGCUAUACAUGUAUCUGCCCUUAGUCAAACAAAGUGGUGGUUUGCAAAGCGUUUCUUGCAUCCGGAUAUUGUAUCAGAAUAUGCCUAUAUCUUCCUGUGGGAUGAAGACCUUGGAGUUGACAAUUUUCAUGCUGGAAGAUAUCUAUCAAUAAUAAAAGAAGAAGGGCUUGAGAUCUCACAGCCAGCACUUGAUCCUAAAAAUUCAGAGGUUCACUAUCACCUUACGGCCAGACUCAAUGGAUCGAGAGUACACAGGAGGAUUCACUAUGUUAUUGGUGGAAAGAGGUGUGAUGAAAACAGCACAAGUCAUCCUUGCACAGGAUUUGUAGAAAUGAUGGCUCCUGUUUUCUCAAGAGCGUCAUGGCGCUGUGCCUGGCAUAUGAUUCAGACUGACCUGGUUCAAGGAUGGGGCUUGGACUUUCAGCUUGGUUACUGUGCACAGGGUGACAGCACCAAAAAGAUUGGGAUUGUUGAUUCUGAAUAUGUUGUUCACUAUGGGCUUCCUACACUUGGAGGUUCAGCAACAAAAAAGGAAGAAGCUGAAAGUACUGAGCAGAAUGCUACAACUACAGACUUGCAUGGUUCAAAACAAUUAGCACCAUCACCCCAUCAGCUCACUGAGAGAGAGGCGGUUAAAAAGUGGUCCUACAAAGAGUUGGAGAUUUUCAAAAAUAGAUGGAAAAAGGCUGUGAAUGAAGAUCAUUGUUGGAUAAAACGAUACCAGGAACAAUCAACAAAGCCGAAGAAACGGUAACACCUCUAUUAUGCAAUCUAGUCUCCGUCUCCAUCUGGAAAGAAAUUGCGUUUGACAAUGAUGCUUAGACCUGGUAAUACGAUGGAUAUUGCUAUAGAGUUAUGUUUACAGUCUUA